UGUUAUUAUACAGCCCUGAGUUUGUUGUUAGAAACCUAACCCAUAUUUUUUGUCGACUGCGACGAAAUGUACUAAUAUUGCUUCAGUGAAAAACGAUAUGACAAAGUGCGAAUUGAAUCAGAUAUUCUUGGGCGAAGUCGCGUCCGUUCAAAAUUAUGGAGCUUUUAUCAGAAUCCCGGGUACCUCGCAACAAGGCUUAAUACAUCGAUCACAGGUAAGCGCGACUCAUGUCGAGGAUGUUGCAGACGUUUUGCAAAAGGGCGAACGCAUCUGGUGUAAAGUGAUCUCUGUGGCGGAGGAUGGCAAGAUAGGACUGUCAAUGAAGUAUGUGAAUCAAGGAAAUGGUCUGGAUUUAGAUCCCAAUGGCGUGGAGUUACAACGGGAUCUACAGCGACGAAAAACUCCAGGAACGACUCAGCGUAAAGCCAUACAGCUGGAGGCAGUGCUAAAUACAACAUGUUCGAAGUGUGGGACUAGAGGACACUUGUCCAAGGAUUGUUUCAUGUCUCCUGAUGGAAAGAAAUACGAAUUGAUUCCGGAGAUUGAGGAGGAGAGUAUUCCUGUAGACCCUGUCAAGGAGAAGGUGGAAAAGAAGGAAGAAAAGAAGCACAAAUUGAAAAAGAAGAAGAAAAAAUCGAAGAAGAGCAAACAUUCUACCAAUGACAGUGACCAGGAAGAUAAAGAGAGAAGUAAGAAGAAGAUAAAAAAAUCUUCCAAGGAACGCAAGAAGCACAGGAAGAAACAUAGCAGCAGCUCGAGUGAGUCCUCCGAUAGUUCGUCAUCCAGCCACGACGUAAAAGCCCAUAAGCGAAAACACUCCGAAGAUUAUGAAACUCGUACAAGAAAAUGCAAACAUUCUAAAACCAAGCAUCCAAAUUAAUUGACGUCAGCUAAAAAUGCUUUUUUCAUAAAUGCAGCUUGAUUUUAAUGUUUUACAUGCAUGCAACUUCUGACUUACACAACAUGUGAUCAAUCUACAAGCAUUUCAAUCAUUAUUGAUAUUCAACUAAUAAAUGGUCAAUUGUAAAAAUUAAAA